GUAGGAAGAAAGCCGGCGACAGUGCGACUCCCUGCCUGACGCCGCGCGACGGUCCCUGCACAGAGCAUGACACCGCGGAAGCAGAAAACUUUGUAGGAAACCGCGAAGUUUUUAAGCGAAUCGUUUUAUUCUUGUGGGUUUUUCCGUGUGACCUGGUGUGUUUUGAAAAUGUGGUCGAGGAGAUUUUCGGUUCUGUUCUUCGCUUUGCUGUAUUCAGUAGUGGCAUUCGGUGAGGACAAUGAACCCAGUCUGCGAGUCAUCCCCAAGUCGACCGUGUACAAUGUUGGUGAGAAGAAGGCUAUUUACUGCGAAGGAAUGAAUCUGAAAGAGAGGAUCGAGUGGUACAGCCCGUCCAAAGCCAUGGUGGGCGCGCGGACGUCCAAGAACAACCGGGUGUACGUGGAACGGAUGAAGAACGACAGCCUCAUCCCCAUCAUCAUCCAGAGCGCGCAGCUGGAGGACAGCGGCAACUGGACCUGUCGGUCUGGGGAGCUGAGCGAGACUAUCGAGAUCUUGGUCGGAGAGAAAGUGUACCUGAAAGUCCGCAACCAGACCAUAGACGGGGAGGAGGGCAAGCCGGCGCGGCUGAGCUGCGAGGCGCGAGGCAGCCCCGCGCCCGUCGUGCAGUGGUACAAGGACAUGGUGCCUAUAUCUGCAGAAAACCGCGCCAAGUACAUAAUGAAAGAGAAAGCCGGCAACUACCAGCUGGAGAUCCGCAACCUGAACCACCUGGACUCGGGGGAGUACGUGUGCAAGGUCACGCAGGAGGCUCUGUCGCACUACACCGACAAGCGCUACCAGCUCGUCGUGCAACAUAAGCCGCUGUUGGUGGACCAGCCCAUUCAAGAGGAGAACAUGUACAUAACCAAAUAUAAAACACAAGAAAUUUACGCGAUACUUAAUGAAACUAAGAACAUAAGCUGCAACACCAUCGCGAAUCCUCCUCCUGAGUUCGAGUGGCACCGCCGCAAGGACGGCUUUGACGAGCGCAUCCCCGACGGAGACACGAUCGCCAAAUCAGAAGACGGCAUGUCGUCCGUGUUAACCCUUCGCAUGUACGACGAGACGUACCUCGGCGAGUACAAGUGCUCCGCCAAGAACUCCAAGGGCUCUGUCUCCAUCAUCUUCCACGUCACGCUGGGGAACAAGCCCGAGCCUCCUGACUCUGUGACAGUAAUAAACAGCACGGUGAGCGACAUCCUGUUCAACGUGACGUGCUCGAGCUGCCCGCUCGCCGAGGACUCGCAGGUGGCCGAGCAGCCCGAGAACCUCCGGGUUUUAGGUUAUUCCUUCCAACUGACCCCGGUGGUGGACGGGUACGUGGUGCCGGACUGGGACUCCGAGAGCGCCGUGGAGAUACCCGUCGACAUCUACGAUCCUGACGACACCCUCUUCUCCGUGGGUCCACUCCAGAACAGCACGUCAUUCUACACGCGCGUGCGGUCGCGCAACGCCGCCGGCUUCUCCGAGUGGCUGGUCCUUGAGGAGCACCCGUCCACCACCAGCUCAGGAGUAACCGCCCUGCCGUCCUUGGUCUUAGCUUUGAUGUAUUUUGUCGCUGUAUGUGUGGUUUUGCGUUAGAUUGUCGAAAGUUCUUUUGCCGAGUUGCAGAAAGGAGCUAAUCUCGGCAUUAAAAGUAUGUCUGGCUCUUUCUGUCCUUAUAGGCACUUUCGAAGACAGCAAUACAUUUAAUGCCGACAUUAGCUUAAAGUUCCUUCUUGCAACUCA